AUGGCUCAGGCAAAUCUCUUGGCUUGUGAAGGCCUAGCAGGUGUGAGUUUGGUUCCCACUGCAGCCAGCAAGAAGAUGAUGCUGAGCCAGAUUGCCAGCAAGCAGGCCGAGAAUGGAGAGCAGGCAGGUAGCCCUGAUGUGCUGAGGUGCGAAAGUCAGGGCCACCAAAAAGACAGCAAUAAGUCCUGGAGUCGCAAAGAUGAUGACAGCUUGGCUGAGGCCUCUCAUUCAAAGAAGACUGUUAAAAAGGUGGUGGUAGUGGAACAGAAUGGUUCUUUUCAAGUAAAGAUUCCCAAAAAUUUUAUUUGUGAACACUGCUUUGGAGGCUUUAGGAGCAGUUACCACCUCAAGAGGCACAUCCUCAUUCAUACUGGUGAGAAGCCAUUUGAGUGUGAUAUAUGCGAUAUGCGCUUCAUCCAGAAGUACCACCUGGAGUGUCACAAGCAUGUGCACGGUGGCGAAAAGCCCUACCAGUGUAAACGGUAUCAUCAGUGUUUUUCUCGGACAGAUCGAUUACUCAGACACAAACGGAUGUGCCAAGGGUGCCAGUCCAAGACUUCCAACGGACAGUUUUCUCUAUAG